AUGAUCCGCCAAGCUGCGGUCUCCUCCCAGGCCCCACUCAAGCCCGUAUCGCGCAAUUUGAGCACGUCCGCGGUGCUACGACACGCGGAGGUGUUGCCAGAACUCGCAAGCUCAGCGAGCGGCUUACGGAAUCGAAUCAAGCAUAGGAUCUCGCGCGUAGACGCAGAACGGGGCCCCAGUGUCUCCCCAUUUCUCGUGGACUCCUUUGCCCGGCGGCACAACUACCUGCGGAUCUCGCUCACCGAGCGGUGCAAUCUCCGAUGUUUCUACUGCAUGCCGAGCGAGGGCAUCGAGCUAUCACCGCCAGAGCACAUCCUCUCGGACGACGAGGUGAUCCGUCUCGCAACAUUGUUCGUCAAGAGCGGCGUGACCAAGAUACGCCUCACGGGGGGCGAGCCGAUGGUCAGGAAGGGCAUAGUUGAUAUCGUCGGCCGACUGCACGGGCUGCGGAAGCACGGGCUGCAAUCCAUCGGGAUGACCACAAACGGCAUUGCGCUCCACCGGAAACUGCCUGCCCUGGUCGCGAACGGGCUCACACACCUGAACAUAAGUCUGGAUACUCUUGACCCUUUCAAGUUUGAGAUCAUGACACGCCGGAUGGGCCACGAUGCGGUGCUGCGGUCACUGCAGACGGCGCUCGCGUCCCGGGAGCUCCAGUCGGUGAAACUGAACGUGGUCGUGGUCAAGGGUCUGAACGACCACGAGGUUCCGGACUUUGUGGAGAUGACGAAAGAGAGCCGACUUUCAGUGCGCUUCAUCGAAUUCAUGCCGUUCACAGGCAACAAGUGGGACAAGGCAAAGAUGCUGCCGUCUUCGGAGCUGCUCGCGCGUAUACGUGAACGGUACCCCGCAGUCCGCAAGGCCCCCGACGAACUCAACGAUACCGCUCGUUCUUACAUCAUACCCGGACACGCUGGGAGUUUCGGAUUCAUCAGCAGCAUGUCCGACCACUUUUGCGGAUCGUGCAACCGACUGAGGCUCACGGCAGACGGGCAGAUUAAGGUUUGUCUGUUCGACGCGAAAGAAAUCUCGCUCCGGGACGAGAUGCGUGCCGGCUCGAGCGACGACAUGCUUCUAUCCACCAUCGGUCGCGCCGUGUCAGGCAAGAAAGAGAAGCACGCGGGCAUGGAGGACAUUGACGUCGUCACGAAUCGGCCUAUGAUCCUCAUCGGUGCUUCGUGCACCCCACGUCUAACCCACAUCGAUGACUCAGGCCGAGCCUCCAUGGUAAACGUGGCGCACAAGGACCCGACGAGCCGGGUGGCCACCGCGUCGGGACGCAUCACUAUCCCGAAGAUUGCGUACGAGCUCGUCACAGGCGUCCCCGAGCAGCGUGACGGCGACGAUCUACACGGCGACGUCCUCACCGUCGCGCAGCUCGCCGCCAUCAUGGGCUGCAAGCGCACUGCGGACCUCAUCCCCCUCUGCCACCCCCUCCAGCUCUCGCACAUCGCCGUGACGCUCCACCCGGAGGUCGAGAAUGCGUAUACGCCCGCGCCUGCACCCCGGCCCGACCCCGACGCGCUUACGGACACCGCGCAGGGCUUCGCGCACACCUCGAGGUCCGAUACCGGGCUGGGAGACGGUGCGCGCCUCGUCCGCGCAUACAGCAUCGUCUGCCGCGCUACGGUCUCGUGCGAGGGCAAGACCGGGGUGGAGAUGGAGGCCCUGACUGCGGUCUCCGUCGGGCUCCUGACAGUGUGGGACAUGCUCAAGGCCGUCGCCGGGCGGGAGAUGGCGAUCGGAGAGAUUAUGGUUACGAGCAAGGACGGCGGCGCGGGGGGAAGCUUUGUGCGGACGCGGGCGUAGGGCGUAUGCGUAUGCGUACGGCGUGCCACUCGGGUGGCGUCGGGCGGUGCGACAUAUCGAACGCGGUGACUCCCCCAGACAUGAAUCAACGG